AUGCUCUACAAGCUCGUGCUUAGGUUAACACUCCCAACUGAACUUUAUACAGCGGCUGUAGGCGCAGCAGAUGAGGGCUCAGGUGCAACAGAUGAAGAUUCGGGUGCAGCAGAUGAAGAUUCAGGUGCCACGGAUGAAGAUUCAGGAGCAGCAGAUGAGGAUUCAGGUGUAGCAGAUGAGGAUUCGGGUGCAGCAGAUGAAGAUUCAGGUGCAGCAGAUGCGGAUUCGGGUGCGGCUGAUGAGGAUUCAGGUGCAGCAGAUGAAGACUCAGGUGCAGCUGAUGAGGAUUCGGGUGCAACAGAUGAAGAUUCGGGUGCAGCAGAUGAAGAUUCAGGUGCCACGGAUGAAGAUUCAGGAGCAGCAGAUGAGGAUUCAGGUACAGCAGAUGAGGAUUCAGGUAUAGCAGAUGAGGAUUCGGGUGCAGCAGAUGAAGAUUCAGGUGCAGCAGAUGAGGACUCAGGUGCAGAUGAUGAUGAUUCAGGAGCAGUCGAUGAGGAUUCGGGUGCAGCAGAUGAGGACUCAGGUGCAGCAGAUGAAGAUUCAGGUGCAGAUGAUGAUGAUUCAGGAGCAGUCGAUGAGGAUUCGGGUGCAGCAGAUGAGGACUCAGGUGCAGCAGAUGAAGAUUCAGGUGCAGCUGAUGAUGAUUCAGGAGCAGCCGAUGAGGAUUCGGGUGCAGCAGAUGAGGACUCAGGUGCAGCAGAUGAAGAUUCAGGUGCAGCUGAUGAUGAUUCAGGAGCAGCCGAUGAGGACUCAGGUACAGCAGAUGAAAACUCAGGUGCAGAUGAUGAUGAUUCAGGAGCAGCCGAUGAGGAUUCGGGUGCAGCAGAUGAGGACUCAGGUGCAGCAGAUGAAGAUUCCGGUGCAGCAGAAGAAGAUUCAGGUGCCUCGGAUGAAGACUCAGGUGCGGAAGAUGAAGAUUCAGGUGCAAGAGAUGAAGACUCAGGUGCAGCAGAUGAAGAUUCCGCUGAUGAUGAUUCAGGAGCAGCCGAUGAGGAUUCAGGUGCAGCUGAUGAGGAUUCAGGUACAGCAGAUGAGGACUCAGGUGCAGCAGAUGAAGAUUCCGGUGCAGCAGAAGAAGAUUCAGGUGCCUCGGAUGAAGACUCAGGUGCGGAAGAUGAAGAUUCAGGUGCAAGAGAUGAAGACUCAGGUGCAGCAGAUGAAGAUUCCGGUGAUUCAGGUGCAACAGAAGAAACUUCAGAAGCAGGAGAUGAAGAUUCCGGUGCAGCAGAAGAAGAUUCAGGUGCCUCGGAUGAAGGUUCAGGUGCAACAGAUGAAGAUGGUGGUUGA